CAGAAGAACGCGAAACCUGGCGCGAAGAAGAAGACUCGGGAAGAAUCAUGGCGGCGGAUAAGAAAGAUGCGCGAUCGGGGAAACCUCCCAAAAAAGAGUCCCAGCCUUUAAUCAUCGCCAAAACGCCGGCAGAGGAGCAGCGUUUAAAGCUGGAGAGAUUGAUGCGAAACCCCGAUAAACCCGCGCCAAUCCCGGAGAAACCGAAGGAGUGGAACCCGCGCGCUCCGCCAGAGUUUGUGCGGGAUGUGAUGGGUUCCAGUGCUGGAGCGGGCAGCGGUGAGUUCCACGUGUACAGACACCUGCGCCGGCGGGAGUAUCAGAGGCAAGACUUCCUCGAACGAAUGUCUGAAAAGCAAAAGAUGGAUGACGAUUAUAUUGAGAAGGUGAAAGAGAACCAAAAGGCUGCCGAGGAAAGAACGGCCAAGCGCAGAAAGAAGAGGGAAAAGUUAAAACAAAAGAAGCUGAUGGCCAAAAAAGCUAAGGAGGAGAGCCAGAAAGAAGAAGACUCGUCGGAGAAGUCAUCCUCCUCCUCGGCUUCUGAAGCAGAAGAGCAAGAAGAUGAUGCAGAAGUGCCUAGCUUCAUCAUGGGGAAGAGGUGACCAGCCAUGGGCUUCGAUACACAGAAACAGCGUUUCAGAAGCACAGUCGUCGUUUGUGAUUGAAUGUUUGUCUUUCAUUGUGAUGGUGAUAAGACCAGGAUAGACUUUUAUUCUGUUGUAAAUAUGUUUUUUUUUUUUUUUUUUUUUAAAUAAACAACUAAAAGAAUAUUU